AUGGCACACAAAUCUUGUAUCCUUGAUCCUAUUCCUGCUAAGAUCUUAUUGGAAUGCUUGACUGAUUUGCUACCGGUAAUUACGAACGUAAUUACUAAUUCAUUAGAAACAGCUAUUGUACCUAGAAAUCUAAAAUGCGCGGCUCUGGAACCAAGGUUGAAGAAAGAUAACAUGAACACUGACGAAUAUUCCAGCUUUCGACCAAUCUCAAAUCUUAAGUUUGUGUUUAAAUGCCUAGAGAAAGUGGUGGCAACUCAGUUAGGUAAACACAUCAUGAGAAACAACCUGGGUAAAUCCCUCCAAUCUGGAUACAAAAAACACCAGCACUUAGACAAGCAAUUGACAAUCAAAAUUCAGUGA